UGCUGCUGCAGUAACGUAACAUACUGCAGGAUUGUACUAUAUUGUUGUAGUUUGCUGGCUACUGCUUCUGUGUGGUUCUUUCUUAUAUACGCAUAUAAAUGGGUGUAUACUUACUUUGUACAAAUAAAGGGACAAAUAGAUAAGGAACAGCAUUACAGCAAGAGCAAGGGAAAGAAGAAAAACUAUAUAUAUAUAUAUAUAUAUCAGCUGCGUGCAGCAGUGUAGAACGAGACAAGUAUAUAUAUUAUUUCCUUCACGGCGUGCCGAGCGUGUGCGCGUCUGAUGGCUUUUAUACGUUAUAACGUUAUUAAAAGAAUAAAAACGGAGUCGCAGAAGUGGGAAGAGGAGGAGAACCAAAGCUAGUAUACAGUAGCAGCAAUACUUAUCACCUUUUCUCCGUUUUUGCCAAUAUAGCAACGAGGAGUUUAUUACCAAGGAAGUGGCAGCGGUGGCGGGACCACUGGAGGAGGUAGAAUUGUAUUGUAUGUAAUAGUAGUGUAACAGUGCGGUUCUUUUGCUGUUCGUUUCGGCUGUGCGCGCGUCUGCUCCCACGACCUUUUUAUGCGCUUAGAAGAAGAGGUCGUUGUGGCAGCAGCAGGAACGACGUCGUCGUGUCCGGUGACAACAAUAGCAGCAUCGGUGACGAAUCAUCACCUGAUACAAUUACCAGGUCCCGACUUCUGUUGCUGCCUGGAGGAUUACCCAACACGAUGAGCUUCCUCUUCGGAAGCCGUUCGUCAAAGACAUUCAAGCCAAAGAAGAAUAUUCCAGAGGGCACUCACCAGUACGACCUAAUGAAACAUGCGGCGGCCACCCUGGGAUCCGGCAAUCUUCGGCUCGCUGUCAUGCUCCCCGAAGGAGAGGACCUCAACGAAUGGGUCGCCGUCAACACCGUUGAUUUUUUCAAUCAAAUAAAUAUGUUGUACGGAACGAUAACAGAGUUCUGCACGGAAGACAGUUGUCCCAUAAUGUCAGCUGGACCGAAAUACGAGUAUCACUGGGCGGAUGGUCACACGGUCAAGAAACCGAUAAAAUGUUCUGCCCCGAAGUAUAUUGACUAUCUCAUGACAUGGGUGCAAGACCAGCUUGACGACGAGACAUUGUUUCCAUCCAAAAUCGGUGUUCCAUUUCCCAAAAAUUUUCUUUCCAUUGCAAAGACUAUACUGAAGCGGCUUUUCCGGGUUUACGCGCACAUCUACCACCAACACUUUAGCGAAGUAGUUCAACUUGGCGAAGAAGCGCAUUUAAAUACUUCAUUCAAACACUUUAUUUUUUUUGUCCAGGAGUUUAACUUGAUCGAACGACGAGAGCUGGCUCCUUUACAGGAGCUUAUAGAAAAGUUGACUGCGAAAGAGGCGCGGUGUCCAUGAGCAUCAGAUGAGGAGAGAACAAUGCGUGGAGAGUCUAGAUGAACCGAUGCACUGUGAAUAAACCCCUCCAAAGAAUCUCUUAUCCCCACAUCAGUAUACACGCCCCCGCGUCCCUGCUGAGUAUGAUUACACUUCGUCGUAAUUCCAUACGGAUAUUAUUUGAAAGAAAAAAAAAAGAACCUAAUUUUUCCAUGGCUUUGCUCUUGCCACACACACAAGUGCAGAAGCAAGGGUUGUUUAUUGACGAUUUGUUUGAGCCAAACAUCAUUCAACGCCCAAAUUUUAAACUCAUUUGCAUAUCGACAAUUUGCCCUAUAAAUAUACCUAUUUUCAAAGUGCGUCCACUUGGAAUGGAAGCUUUCAUCAAAGUGCAUUAUGUAACAAGUCAAAUUUUUUCAAAGACGUCUUCUUCCAAGGAAGAUAUUGCUGUGCAAGGAAUUUUUUGUGUGAAUUUUUAGCACUGCAUCAAAGACAGAAUAAGUGUUGAACGAUAGCGGACGAGAUUAUCAUGUCAAGAGAGUACAGGAUACAGAAAGUGAACAGUGAGUGUGAAUUUUACAUGUUUUUACGAUUUUACACUGAGAUGAACGAAGAGUGAAAAUGUUGACGACUGAUACGGAAAUAUCCCGACAAUGUAUUUCACCAAUGCAUUUUUCUGCUCUAUGUUUUUUUUGCGAUUUAAUACCUUUUAUGAACAUGAAGUUUUCGUUUGAAUUUUAUCUGUUCCAUUUUUAACGAUGGUAUGAAGUACAUAGAAUUGUUCGAAGGAAAUGCGUCAUGCCGUAGGUACAAAAAAAUCGUCGUACCCCUUACGUCAAAAAAAUAACGUAUAUGACCUUUUUUUUAUUCCCGGAACUCGUUUUUUCAAUCGAAUCCGAUUUUUGAUUGAACAAGUUAUUUUUAUAAACUUUAAUUACCUUAAUGACUGCUAUGAUCAAGAAACUUUUAAACUAGAAGAAGUCAUGUUAAGAAAAGCGAUACAAAAUUUUUUUAAGCUAUUCUCAUGAAGAGUUACUGGAUAUUAUCACCUUUUUAGGCAUAUUGCCUGUGAAUGAUUGUGUUACGUAGGGAAGAAAUUGUAAUAAUUUAAAAAUAUUCAAAUUAUUGGCCAUUUUUGAAUUUUUUUAAAAUGUUUAAUUUUAUUUAUGUAUAUUACAAAAUUUACGAGAAAAACUCUUUUUCUCGUGUAUUUAUAGACUGUAGAUAUAUUACCAAUCACCUCUAGAUUUGACGUUAUUUUAUUGAUUUUAUAAGAAUUUUAUAUUUGUUUUCGACAAACUUUUAGUAAAAGAAAUUACCUUUUUAAUUUUAUUUUAACGCAAAUACAAAACUCUCUCUUUUGAAUUUGCAUUUAAUGUACAUAAAAUUAUAUUUCUGACUACAUGACAUUCAUUUUAAGCUUAUGAUAUAACACGAAAGCUUGACAAAAAAAAACUAUCAUGUUAAAUACUGCUAAUAUUGAUUUUUUUACAAAACGAAAUGUUAAGCUAUCAAACUUUUUUUACAAAUCAUGAAAUCUAGUAUGAAUACAGCGGUGUAUCAAAAACCGAUUUAAAAACGCGUAUAAAAAUAUAUAUAUUUCAUUCACCUUGCUAUUUAAUCGAUGUCUCGCGUAAACGUUUAAGAGACUGUAGCUGAAUCGCUUUUCUAGGAAAAGGCGAUAAAUGCCUUCACAAAAAUGAAAUAACAAACAAACGAACUUAUCGCUUAAGUAAAAAGCUCACUUGAGCUUUACAUAAUAAUUUCGCCGUACCAUAUUGUAAUGCCAAACACCUUCUUUCUUCGACAUUACCUGAAAAUAUCGUAUAAGUAGGCGAGAGAUUGAAAAACUAUUCUUCAUUCAGAGGUGAGAUAUGUAAAUGUGUAAUAGAAGGGACUGUGUUUAAUAAAUUUUAGUUGUUUAUUUUUACCUUGUCGGCAGUCCGUUCGUGGUGACGUUGCCUUAAAAAAGGACCACUUUGAAGAAUUGUUUUUCUUUUUCUAAGAGCUAAAAAAAAUCGUAAAUAUUUUGAAAAUACGAAAAAAUCUACAACUCGUUGACAGUACGUGCAACUUAAGAGAAAUAAGUUUGACCAAAUAUUUUCUCGAGAAUUCUUUGCAUUAGCAAAGGUGUAGUCAUGCAAACUGUAAAGAUAUUUUUAUUACACGUAUGGUAUCACGAAGCCUUGGAUUACUUUCGAUAAAUUUAGGAUUCAUGCUCGAAAGAAUGCUUUCUUGGGAUGCAGCUGUGCGUCCUACUUGUGAGAUUUUUUUAAAAAAAAUUUUGUUUCUUUACAAAAUUUGUUUCGUUUUGCUAUGAAUUUUUUUUUUAUUGUAACUUGCUCUGGAUCUGAGAAAAAGUCAUAUAUUGCGAUUCGCAUUGGAUUGCAGGAAAAAGGUAGCGUGCGUUUAAUAUUUGUAAGUACUUAACAAAUCAAACAAAAUAAAUGGAAUGAAUCGUCUAAAUUAAACGUUUACAUAACGUUAAAAUAUUAAUAACGCUAUAUCAGUAAUCUAUAAGUUAGGAAUAUUUUUAAUUGAUUGUAAAUUGCUAGAUUUGUCUGAAAGCAAGUAAAUCAGUUUUGAAAAUUGACUUUUCAUAGUUUGAUAAUAUUGUAUUACAAUAAAUACGGCGCUUUUUAAAAUUACCAUGAAAACGAGGUGCUCCAUGGAGAAACGACAUUUGUUGACCUGUAAAAUAUAUAAAGAAAACGUAAAAAGAAAACUUAUUUAUUAAAACCGAAUUACAAUCUUAAUGAUAAUGCUUUUCUUCCAUUCACAUUUUCCCUUGCGAAUUAAAAGUAGAUGAAAGAAUAUAAAAAAAAAAAAAAUAAAAAAAAAAUAAUGAAAGAGAGAAACAGUAUUCGAUGAGACAUAAGAAGAGCAAUGUGUGUCCGACCUGGCUCGUGUAUUUUUUCAGCUAUCGAGUGCAUAUAUUUUUCCAAUAAUGAAUUGAAAUAGUUAAUAUUUAAGCAAGUAAUUUAGCAAAAUUGAAAACAAUAAACAAACA